AUGUUUGGAAUUGAAGAUCGAGAGAAAUAUGGAAGAAACAUACCAGAAAGAUACUAUGGAAUAUCAGACGGAUGUUUUAGUGGAAGUAAUGAAAUAAUGGAAAUCAAUAUACCAACACAUAUUGAAAUGAUAGGAAAUGAAUGUUUUAAAGAAUGUACAAGAUUAAGUAUAAUAACUAUUCCAACAUGUGUUAAUGAAAUAGGAUAUUGGUGUUUUUGUGAAUCUAAAUCAUUACAAUCAAUUAAUAUACCAACAAGUGUAAGUAAAAUAGGAGAAAAUUGUUUUGAAUAUUGUAUGUCACUAAGAAGUAUUACAAUACCAACAAGUGUAAAUGAAAUAGGAAAAGGAUGUUUUAAUAGAUGUUAUUCAUUAAGAAGUAUUGAAAUACCAUCAACAAUUACAUCAUUUGGAUAUGGAUGUUUUUAUGGAUGUGGAUGUGUAGAAGAAUUACUCAAGAAGAAUGCAAGAAUACCAGAAUAUUGCUUUAAAUAA